AUGGAUGCUGCUAAGAGGGUGUUGCGCUACUUGUGCAUCGAGGUAGCUGUUGACUCUCGUCCUGCUGGGGGUGCUGAGCCUGACCGUGAGGAGCCUGGGGGUGCUGCGUCUGGGGGUGCUGAGCCUGGGGGUGCGGAGCCUGGAGGUGCUGAGCCUGGGGGUGCUGCGUCUGGAGGUGCUGCGUCUGGGGGUGCUGCGUCUGGGGGUGCUGAGCCUGGAGGUGCUGAGCCUGACCGUGCUGAGUCUGGGGGUGCUGAGCCUGGGGGUGAGGAGCCUGGGGGUGCGGAGCCUGGAGGUGCGGAGUCUGGAGGUGCUGAGCCUGGGGGUGCUGCGUCUGGGGGUGCUGUGUCUGGAGGUGCUGAGCCUGAGCGUGCUCCACCUGGAGGAGCCCUCUCCUCCCAGCAGCUGCAGGAGAGGUACCUACAGUACUGCCGCCUCCGGAGAGGUGCUGCUGGAGCUCGUACCAGUACUUCCCCUCCUACCCAGGAGCUCCCCCCCAUUCAGCAGAUCCGAGAGUGGUACGCGCGGCGCUGCAGUCUUCGGAGUGGUGCUCCUGGUGCUGCAGACCCUGGGGGUGGCGCUGCUACUGGUACUGAGGACCCGGGCGGUGGAGCUGCUGCUGGUGCUGAGGACCCGGGCGUUGGAGCUGCUGCUGGUACUGAGGACCCGGGCGGUGGCGCUGCUGCUGGUGCUGAGGACCCGGGCGUUGGAGCUGCUGCUGGUGCUGAGGACCUGGGCGGUGGCGCUGCUGCUGGUGCUGAGGACCCGGGCGUUGGAGCUACUACUGGUGCUGAGGACCCGGGCGUUGGAGCUGCUGCUGGUGCUGAGGACCCUGCUGCUGGUGUCUCUGCUGAAUGA